UGGUGAUACAUUAUCAAAUAGGCAAUCUUCAAAUACGCUAACCCUGCAGUAGUUUCCCGCAGUAUAUUUCAACAUGCAGAAACUCGCCACAGUACUAUGCGUCCUUGCAGCAGUCGCAUACGAUGUACACGGAAAAUCAAUACAAAGGAGGAACACUAAAACACUGAAAACGGGCACCACGUGGAGUCUGCAAGCAUGGGGCUACGAAGACGAACUCAAGGGCGAAAUGGUCGAUGUUGACCUGUCGACUACUACUGAAGAUGAGAUCAAAAAGCUGAGCGACGCUGGGCACACCGUAAUCUGUUAUUAUAGCGCGGGCACAGCGGAAAGCUGGAGGCCGGACUAUUUGGAAUUGAUGGAUUACUCGUCCGGUAAAUCGAAGUAUGACGACGAAUGGUGGUUGGAUCUUACCGAAUGGAAAGGAUUCGCUCCUUCUAUGGCCGCACGUAUGGCUAACGCAGCCGAGAAAGGUUGCCACGGGGUGGAAGCCGAUAACUUUGAUUGCUAUGGCUACGGAGAUGAUUGCAAACAAGGUUAUUCUGUGAGCGAGCUAUUGGUUCUCGAGAAAGAAUACUUCAAGUGGUCAGCAGAUACCGCGCAUAACUUGGGACUACUGUUUGGACUGAAAAAUGCUUUAGACAUGAUAGAUGAUUUAUUUGAUGUGAUUGACUUUGGUAUCAACGAAUCAUGUUCACUCUAUCAAGAGUGGAAUGAAUGUGGCCAUUACCAGAAAUUCGCAAAAGCAAACAAGGCGGUGUUCGGGGUCGAGUGGCAGGGGAACGGGGAGUGUGCGGAAAAGUACAACAAUGGGAUUAUGGGCAAGUACAAGAAAUCUGGGGCGGAGCAAUGGAAGAAUUGUUAGUUAAGACGGAGAAUUUCUACUAUUGAUUAUAUUUAUUACAUUCAGCUAGCAAGUAAUACAACCACCACCACGCAGACAGUACAGCAUGGAUUGAGUGUAUGGACGAUUACACCUUUUGAUAUAAGCCUGGAGUAAAUCAAAGCAGGCAAACACCACUUUUCAAAAUCAUAAACCGCAAUUCGAUAAAAC